ACUACAGCAUCGACAAUGGCCGAACCGGGUGCGCCAACUACAAGAAGCAGAGAUGUUGGUGUAAAUACGCAAACUACACUAUCAACAGAGGCCGGAGAUGUUAUAAAAACUACAGCAUCGACAAAGGUCGAGCCGGGUGCGCCAAAUACAACAAGCAGAGAUGUUGGUGAAAAUACGGAAACUACACUAUCAACAGAGGCCGGAGAUGUUAUAAACACUACGGCAUCGACAAUGGUCGAGCCGGGUGCACCGACUACAACAAGCAGAGAUGUUGGUGAAAAGACGCAAACUACACCAUCAACAGAGGCCGGAGAUGUUAUCAAGACUACAGCAUCGACAAUGGUCGAGCCGGGUGCACCGACUACAACCAGCAGAGAUGUUGGUGAAAAGACGCAAACUACACCAUCAACAGAGGCCGGAGAUGUUAUAAAAACUACAGCAUCGACAAUGGUCGAGCCGGGUGCGCCAACUACAACAAGCAGAGAUGUUGGUGAGAAUACGCAAACUACACUAUCAACAGAAGCCGGAGAUGUUAUAAAAACUACAGCAUCGACAAUGGUCGAGCCGGGUGCGCCAACUACAACAAGCAGAGAUGUUGGUGAAAAUACGCAAACUACACUAUCAACAGAGGCCGGAGAUGUUACAAAAACUACAGCGUCGACAAUGGUCGAGCCGGGUGCGCCAACCACAACAAGUAGAGAUGUUGUUGAAAAUACGCAAACUACACUAUCAACAGAGGACGGAGAUGUUAUAAAAACUACAGCAUCGACAAUGGUCGAGCCGGGUGCGCCAACUACAACAAGCGGAGAUGUUGGUGAAAAUACGCAAACUACACCAUCAACAGAGGCCGGAGAUGUUCUAAAAACUACAGCAUCGACAAUGGUCGAGCCGGGUGCACCGACUACAACAAGCAGAGAUGUUGGUGAAAAUACGCAAACUACACUAUCAACAGAGGCCGGAGAUGUUAUAAACACUACGGCAUCGACAAUGGUCGAGCCGGGUGCACCGACUACGACAACCAGAGAUGUUGGUGAAAAGACGCAAAUUACACCAUCAACAGAGGCCGGAGAUGUUAUCAAGACUACAGCAUCGACAAUGGUCGAGCCGGCUGCGCCAACUACAACAAGCAGAGGUGUUGGUGAAAAUACGCAAACUACACCAUCAACAGAGGCCGGAGAUGUUAAAAAGACUACAGCAUCGACAAUGGUCGAGCCAGGUGCGCCGACUACAACAAGCAGAUAUGUUGGUGAAAAUACGCAAACUACACUAUCAACAGAGGCCGGAGAUGUUAUAAACACUACGGCAUCGACAAUGGUCGAGCCGGGUGCACCGACUACAACACGCAGAGAUGUUGGUGAAAAGACGCAAACUACACCAUCAACAGAGGCCGGAGAUGUUAUCAAGACUACAGCAUCGACAAAGGUCGAGACGGGUGCACCGACUACAACAAGCAGAGCUGUUGGUGAAAAGACGCAAACUACACCAUCAACAGAGGCCGGAGAUGUUAUCAAGACUACAGCAUCGACAAUGGUCGAGCCGGGUGCGCCAACUACAACAAGGAGAGAUGUUGGUGAAAAUACGCAAACUACACCAUCAACAGAGGCCGGAGAUGUUAUAAAAACUACAGCAUCGACAAUGGUCGAGCCGAGUGCGCCAACUACAACAAGCAGAGAUGUUGGUGAAAAGACGCAAACUACACCAUCAACAGAGGCCGGAUAUGUUAUCAAGACUACAGCAUCGACAAUGGUCGAGCCGGGUGCACCGACUACAACAAGCAGAGAUGUUGGUGAAAAGACGCAAACUACACCAUCAACAGAAGCCGGAGAUGUUAUCAAGACUACAGCAUCGACACUAGUCGAGCCGGGUGCACCGACUACAACAAGCAGAGAUGUUGGUGAAAAGACGCAAACUACACCAUCAACAGAGGGCGGAAAUGUUAUCAAAACUACAGCAUCGACAAUGGUCGAGCCGGGUGCACCGACUACAACAAGCAGAGAUGUUGGUGAAAAGACGCAAACUACACCAUCAACAGAGGCCGGAGAUGUUAUCAAGACUACAGCAUCGACAAUGGUCGAGCCGGGUGCACCGACUACAACCAGCAGAGAUGUUGGUGAAAAGACGCAAACUACACCAUCAACAGAGGCCGGAGAUGUUAUCAAAACUACACCAUCGACAAUGGUCGAGCCGGGUGCACCGACUACAACCAGCAGAGAUGUUGGUGAAAAGACGCAAACUACACCAUCAACAGAGGCCGGAGAUGUUAUCAAAACUACAGCAUCGACAAUGGUCGAGCCGGGUGCACCAACUACAACAAGCAGAGAUGUUGGUGAAAAGACGCAAACUACACCAUCAACAGAGGCCGGAGAUGUUAUCAAGACUACAACAUCGACAAUGGUCGAGCCGGGUGCGCCAACUACAACAAGCAGAGAUGUUGGUGAAAAUAAGCAAACUACACUAUCAACAGAGGCUGGAGAUUUUAUAAAAUCUACAGCAUCGACAAUGGUCGAGCCGGGUGCGCCAACUACAGCAAGCAGAGAUGUUGGUGAAAAUACGCAAACUACACUAUCAACAGAGGCCGGAGAUGUUAUCAAGACUACAGCAUCGACAAUGGUCGAGCCGGGUGCACCGACUACAACAAGCAGAGAUGUUGGUGAAAAGACGCAAACUACACCAUCAACAGAGGCCGGAGAUGUUAUCAAGACUACAGCAUCGACAACAGUCGAGCCGGGUGCACCGACUACAACAAGCAGAGAUGUUGAUGAAAAGACGCAAACUACAACAUCAACAGACGCCGGAGAUGUUAUCAAAACUACAGCAUCGACAAUGAUCGAGCCGGGUGCACCGACUACAACAAGCAGAGAUGUUGGUGAAAAGACGCAAACUACACCAUCAACAGAGGCCGGAGAUGUUAUCAAGACUACAGCAUCGACAAUGGUCGAGCCGUGUGCACUGACUACAACCAGCAGAGAUGUUGGUGAAAAGACGCAAACUACACCAUCAACAGAGGCCGGAGAUGUUAUCAAAACUACAGCAUCGACAAUGGUCGAGCCGGGUGCACCGACUACAACAAGCAGAGAUGUUGGUGAAAAGACGCAAACUACACCAUCAACAGAGGCCGGAGAUGUUAUCAAGACUACAGCAUCGACAAUGGUCGAGCCGGGUGCGCCAACUACAACAAGCAGAGAUGUUGGUGAAAAUACGCAAACUACACCAUCAACAGAGGCCGGAGAUGUUAUCAAGACUACAGCAUCGACAAUGGUCGAGCCGGGUGCACCGACUACAACCAGCAGAGAUGUUGGUGAAAAUACGCAAACUACACUAUCAACAGAGGCCGGAGAUGUUAUAAACACUACGGCAUCGACAAUGGUCGAGCCGGGUGCACCGACUACGACAACCAGAGAUGUUGGUGAAAAGACGCAAAUUACACCAUCAACAGAGGCCGGAGAUGUUAUCAAGACUACAGCAUCGACAAUGGUCGAGCCGGCUGCGCCAACUACAACAAGCAGAGGUGUUGGUGAAAAUACGCAAACUACACCAUCAACAGAGGCCGGAGAUGUUAAAAAGACUACAGCAUCGACAAUGGUCGAGCCAGGUGCGCCGACUACAACAAGCAGAUAUGUUGGUGAAAAUACGCAAACUACACUAUCAACAGAGGCCGGAGAUGUUAUAAACACUACGGCAUCGACAAUGGUCGAGCCGGGUGCACCGACUACAACACGCAGAGAUGUUGGUGAAAAGACGCAAACUACACCAUCAACAGAGGCCGGAGAUGUUAUCAAGACUACAGCAUCGACAAAGGUCGAGACGGGUGCACCGACUACAACAAGCAGAGCUGUUGGUGAAAAGACGCAAACUACACCAUCAACAGAGGCCGGAGAUGUUAUCAAGACUACAGCAUCGACAAUGGUCGAGCCGGGUGCGCCAACUACAACAAGGAGAGAUGUUGGUGAAAAUACGCAAACUACACCAUCAACAGAGGCCGGAGAUGUUAUAAAAACUACAGCAUCGACAAUGGUCGAGCCGAGUGCGCCAACUACAACAAGCAGAGAUGUUGGUGAAAAGACGCAAACUACACCAUCAACAGAGGCCGGAUAUGUUAUCAAGACUACAGCAUCGACAAUGGUCGAGCCGGGUGCACCGACUACAACAAGCAGAGAUGUUGGUGAAAAGACGCAAACUACACCAUCAACAGAAGCCGGAGAUGUUAUCAAGACUACAGCAUCGACACUAGUCGAGCCGGGUGCACCGACUACAACAAGCAGAGAUGUUGGUGAAAAGACGCAAACUACACCAUCAACAGAGGGCGGAGAUGUUAUCAAAACUACAGCAUCGACAAUGGUCGAGCCGGGUGCACCGACUACAACAAGCAGAGAUGUUGGUGAAAAGACGCAAACUACACCAUCAACAGAGGCCGGAGAUGUUAUCAAGACUACAGCAUCGACAAUGGUCGAGCCGGGUGCACCGACUACAACCAGCAGAGAUGUUGGUGAAAAGACGCAAACUACACCAUCAACAGAGGCCGGAGAUGUUAUCAAAACUACAGCAUCGACAAUGGUCGAGCCGGGUGCACCGACUACAACCAGCAGAGAUGUUGGUGAAAAGACGCAAACUACACCAUCAACAGAGGCCGGAGAUGUUAUCAAAACUACAGCAUCGACAAUGGUCGAGCCGGGUGCACCAACUACAACAAGCAGAGAUGUUGGUGAAAAGACGCAAACUACACCAUCAACAGAGGCCGGAGAUGUUAUCAAGACUACAACAUCGACAAUGGUCGAGCCGGGUGCGCCAACUACAACAAGCAGAGAUGUUGGUGAAAAUAAGCAAACUACACUAUCAACAGAGGCUGGAGAUUUUAUAAAAUCUACAGCAUCGACAAUGGUCGAGCCGGGUGCGCCAACUACAGCAAGCAGAGAUGUUGGUGAAAAUACGCAAACUACACUAUCAACAGAGGCCGGAGAUGUUAUCAAGACUACAGCAUCGACAAUGGUCGAGCCGGGUGCACCGACUACAACAAGCAGAGAUGUUGGUGAAAAGACGCAAACUACACCAUCAACAGAGGCCGGAGAUGUUAUCAAGACUACAGCAUCGGCAACAGUCGAGCCGGGUGCACCGACUACAACAAGCAGAGAUGUUGAUGAAAAGACGCAAACUACAACAUCAACAGACGCCGGAGAUGUUAUCAAAACUACAGCAUCGACAAUGAUCGAGCCGGGUGCACCGACUACAACAAGCAGAGAUGUUGGUGAAAAGACGCAAACUACACCAUCAACAGAGGCCGGAGAUGUUAUCAAGACUACAGCAUCGACAAUGGUCGAGCCGUGUGCACUGACUACAACCAGCAGAGAUGUUGGUGAAAAGACGCAAACUACACCAUCAACAGAGGCCGGAGAUGUUAUCAAAACUACAGCAUCGACAAUGGUCGAGCCGGGUGCACCGACUACAACAAGCAGAGAUGUUGGUGAAAAGACGCAAACUACACCAUCAACAGAGGCCGGAGAUGUUAUCAAGACUACAGCAUCGACAAUGGUCGAGCCGGGUGCGCCAACUACAACAAGCAGAGAUGUUGGUGAAAAUACGCAAACUACACCAUCAACAGAGGCCGGAGAUGUUAUAAAAACUACAGCAUCGACAAUGGUCGAGCCGAGUGCGCCAACUACAACAAGCAGAGAUGUUGGUGAAAAUACGCAAACUACACUAUCAACAGAGGCCGGGGAUGUUAUAAAAACUACAGCAUCGACAAUGGCCGAGCCGAGUGCGCCAACUACCACAAGCAGAGAUGUUGGUGAAAAGACGCAAACUACACCAUCAACAGAGGCCGGAGAUGUUAUCAAGACUACAGCAUCGACAAUGGUCGAGCCGGGUGCACCGACUACAACCAGCAGAGAUGUUGGUGAAAAGACGCAAACUACACCAUCAACAGAGGCCGGAGAUGUUAUCAAGACUACAGCAUCGACAAUGGUCGAGCCGGGUGCACCGACUACAACAAGCAGAGAUGUUGGUGAAAAGACGCAAACUACACCAUCAACAGAGGCCGGAGAUGUUAUCAAGACUACAGCAUCGACAAUAGUCGAGCCGGGUGCACCGACUACAACAAGCAGAGAUGUUGGUGAAAAGACGCAAACUACACCAUCAACAGAGGCCGGAAAUGUUAUCAAAUCUACAGCAUCGACAAUGGUCGAGCCGGGUACACCGACUACAACAAGCAGAGAUGUUGGUGAAAAUACGCAAACUACACCAUCAACAGAGGCCGGAGAUGUUAUCAAGACUACAGCAUCGACAAUGGUCGAGCCGGGUGCACCGACUACAACAAGCAGAAAUGUUGGUGAAAAGACGCAAACUACACCAUCAACAGAGGCCGGAGAUGUUAUCAAAACUAUAGCAUCGACAAUGGUCAAGCCGGGUGCACCGACUACAACAAGCGGAGAUGUUGGUGAAAAGACGCAAACUACAUCAUCAACAGAGGCCGGAGAUGUUAUGAAGACUACAACAUCGACAAUGGUCGAGCCGGGUGCGCCAACUACAACAAGCAGAGAUGUUGGUGAAAAUACGCAAACUACACUAUCAACAGAGGCUGGAGAUUUUAUAAAAACUACAGCAUCGACAAUGGUCGAGCCGGGUGCGCCAACUACAGCAAGCAGAGAUGUUGGUGAAAAUACGCAAACUACACUAUCAACAGAGGCCGGAGAUGUUAUCAAGACUACAGCAUCGACAAUGGUCGAGCCGGGUGCACCGACUACAACAAGCAGAGAUGUUGGUGAAAAGACGCAAACUACACCAUCAACAGAGGCCGGAGAUGUUAUCAAAACUACAGCAUCGACAAUGGUCGAGCCGGGUGCACUGACUACAACAAGCAGAGAUGUUGGUGAAAAGACGCAAACUACACCAUCAACAGAGGCCGGAGAUGUUAUCAAGACUACAGCAUCGACAAUGGUCGAACCGGGUGCACCGACUACAACCAGCAGAGAUGUUGGUGAAAAGACGCAAACUACACCAUCAACAGAGGCCGGAGAUAUUAUCAAAACUACAGCAUCGACAAUGGUCGAGCCGGGUGCACCGACUGCAACAACUACAACAAGCAGAGAUGUUGGUGAAAAGACGCAAACUACACCAUCAACAGAGGCCGGAGAUGUUAUCAAGACUACAGCAUCGACAAUGGUCGAGCCGGGUGCGCCAACUACAACAAGCAGAGAUGUUUGUGAAAAUGCGCAAACUACCCCAUCAACAGAGGCCGGAGAUGUUAUCAAAACUACAGCAUCGACAAUGGUCGAGCCGGGUGCACCGACUACAACCAGCAGAGAUGUUGGUGAAAAGACGCAAACUACACCAUCAACAGAGGCCGGAGAUGUUAUAAAAACUACAGCAUCGACAGUGGUCGAGCCGGGUGCGCCAACUACAACAAGCAGAGAUGUUGGUGAGAAUACGCAAACUACACUAUCAACAGAGGCCGGAGAUGUUAUAAAAACUACAGCAUCGACAAUGGUCGAGCCGGGUGCGCCAACUACAACAAGCAGAGAUGUUGGUGAAAAUACGCAAACUACACUAUCAACAGAGGCCGGAGAUGUUACAAAAACUACAGCGUCGACAAUGGUCGAGCCGGGUGCACCGACUACAACAAGCAGAGAUGUUGGUGAAAAGACGCAAACUACACCAUCAACAGAGGCCGGAGAUGUUAUCAAGACUACAGCAUCGACAAUAGUCGAGCCGGGUGCACCGACUACAACAAGCAGAGAUGUUGGUGAAAAGACGCAAACUACACCAUCAACAGAGGCCGGAGAUGUUAUCAAAACUACAGCAUCGACAAUGGUCGAGCCGGGUGCACCGACUACAACAAGCAGAGAUGUUGGUGAAAAGACGCAAACUACACCAUCAACAGAGGCCGGAGAUGUUAUCAAGACUACAGCAUCGACAAUGGUCGAGCCGGGUGCACCGACUACAACCAGCAGAGAUGUUGGUGAAAAGACGCAAACUACACCAUCAACAGAGGCCGGAGAUGUUAUCAAGACUACAGCAUCGACAAUGGUCGAGCCGGGUGCGCCAACUACAACAAGGAGAGAUGUUGGUGAAAAUACGCAAACUACACCAUCAACAGAGGCCGGAGAUGUUAUAAAAACUACAGCAUCGACAAUGGUCGAGCCGAGUGCGCCAACUACAACAAGCAGAGAUGUUGGUGAAAAGACGCAAACUACACCAUCAACAGAGGCCGGAUAUGUUAUCAAGACUACAGCAUCGACAAUGGUCGAGCCGGGUGCACCGACUACAACAAGCAGAGAUGUUGGUGAAAAGACGCAAACUACACCAUCAACAGAAGCCGGAGAUGUUAUCAAGACUACAGCAUCGACACUAGUCGAGCCGGGUGCACCGACUACAACAAGCAGAGAUGUUGGUGAAAAGACGCAAACUACACCAUCAACAGAGGCCGGAGAUGUUAUCAAGACUACAGCAUCGACAAUGGUCGAGCCGAGUGCGCCAACUACAACAAGCAGAGAUGUUGGUGAAAAUACGCAAACUACACUAUCAACAGAGGCUGGAGAUUUUAUAAAAACUACAGCAUCGACAAUGGUCGAGCCGGGUGCGCCAACUACAGCAAGCAGAGAUGUUGGUGAAAAUACGCAAACUACACUAUCAACAGAGGCCGGAGUUGUUAUCAAGACUACAGCAUCGACAAUGGUCCAGCCGGGUGCGCCAGCUGCAACAAGCGGAGAUGUUGGUGAAAAUACGCAAACUACACUAUCAACAGAGGCCGGUGAUGUUAUCAAGACUACAGCAUCGACAAUGGUUGAGCCGGGUGCGCCAACUGCAACAAGCAGAGAUGUUGGUGAAAAUACGCAAACUACACCAUCAACGGAGGCCGGAGAUGUUAUGAAAACUACAGCAUCGACAAUGGUCGAGCCGGGUGCGCCAACUACAACAAGCAGAGAUGUUGGUGAAAAUACGCAAACUACACUAUCAACAGAGGCCGGAGAUGUUAUAAAAACUACAGCAUCGACAAUGGUCGAGCCGGGUGCGCCAACUACAACAAGCAGAGAUGUUGGUGAAAAUACGCAAACUACACCAUCAACAGAGGCCGGAGAUGUUAUAAACACUACAGCAUCGACAAUGGUCGAGCCGGGUGCACUGACUACAACAAACAGAGAUGUUGGUGAAAAGACGCAAACUACACCAUCAACAGAGGCCGGAGAUGUUAUCAAGACUACAGCAUCGACAAUGGUCGAGCCGGCUGCGCCAACUACAACUAGCAGAGGUGUUGGUGAAAAUACGCAAAGUACACCAUCAACAGAGGCCGGAGAUGUUCUAAAAACUACAGCAUCGACAAUGGUCGAGCCGGGUGCGCCAACUACAACAAGCAGAGAUGUUGGUGAAAAUACGCAAACUACACUAUCAACAGUGGCCGGAGAUGUUAUAAACACUACAGCAUCGACAAUGGUCGAGCCGGGUGCACAGACUACAACAAACAGAGAUGUUGGUGAAAAGACGCAAACUACACCAUCAACAGAGGCCGGAGAUGUUAUCAAAACUACAGCAUCGACAAUGGUCGAGCCGGGUGCACCGACUACAACAAGCAGAGAUGUUGGUGAAAAGACGCAAACUACACCAUCAACAGAGGCCGGAGAUGUUAUCAAAACUACAGCAUCGACAAUGGUCGAGCCGAGUGCGCCAACUACAACAAGCAGAGAUGUUGGUGAAAAUACGCAAACUACACUAUCAACAGAGGCUGGAGAUUUUAUAAAAACUACAGCAUCGACAAUGGUCGAGCCGGGUGCGCCAACUACAGCAAGCAGAGAUGUUGGUGAAAAUACGCAAACUACACUAUCAACAGAGGCCGGAGAUGUCGAAAAUGUAAACACUACACAAUCUACGAAGUACGGAGCAGGUGCGCUGGAUACAUCUGCCCUGACAACGCAUAAUGCAGGAACAACUGCACCAACCACAGGCAGUAUUUCAGAAGGCGCUUCAAAUGACGGAGUAUCAUCGACGCUGACAACCCGUUCUGACCCCAAAGAGGCGACGACAUUGAGCAAGACGGAUUCUGCUAUUUCUGCAUCUUCAAAAGAAACCACAUCAGCCAGUCCUUCUGAGGCGCCGACAUCAACCGAAUCAUCACAUGUUACUGACAGGAGAAUCUGCGACAACACUGAAGAGAAAAACUGCAAGAAAACUCCGUUUGGUAGAUGUGAAGUAAAGAACGGAAAAGGCGUUUGUUCUUGCGAACCUCCGCUGAGACUGGUGAAGGAAAAUUGCCAAUUGGAUCAGACAGUCGUCAAGGUAACAUUCAAGCUGAAAAAGAAGUCCCGUGUGACCUUCAGCAACGAUGAUGAUUGUCCACCCGAAGAAGUGAUUAAAGAGGAGGUAGAAAAGCCAAUCCAAGACAAAACUAUAAUUAGCGUGGUCAACAUAACAUGCUGGCAAGGAGAGGUGACAAUGAACGUUGUGAUUGAGAAGAACGUUGACUGUAACAUUGCGGACACUGUAAAAGACACACUGGAGAAACGGCUCUUCAAUUUAGGAGAGUAUGUUCUGCAAAAGGAUGAAAUCAGAACAACUCUAGUGAACCAUUGCGAAAUGGGGCUCUCAACACUAGGAAAGAGACUUGGCGGAUUAAAGUGCAUACAGAGAAAUAAUGCGUAUGCGCUAGUUUGCGACACUGCUAGAGCCAUUCCUGUCGGAAACAUGAAUGUUUCUGGAUUUGAAGUGGAACUUUGUCAAGAUAAACCCUGCACUGAGUACUGCAGUGAACAUGAAAACAAGGAGUGCGUGCAUCAAACCUGUCUCUGCAAACGAGGGUUUCGGCUUGAUAAUGACACUUGUGUCUCUGUGUGUACACUAAACGUUUGCAAAAAUGGAGGCACCUGCAAGCCAGACGCCGCUGUCGACUUUACGUGCACGUGUCCACCAACAUUUAAGGGACCACUAUGCGAGGAAGAAAACAAGGAAGUUUGGUCUGCCACAUUGAACACUGUAAUCAUUGGAGUGGUGCUGUCGGCACUUCUUCUGAUCUGCUUGGUUUUGACAGGAAGCAUAAUUUUGAGGUUGAAGAAAAAGAAUCAAAUACUGACCAAAAACUGCAAAAUGUGAGUCCGAAC